CUUAGGCUCUUUCUAUUUUAGCACAUUUAAUUAAUAUGAGCUCAGUAUCGGAUCCGUCUCUCGACGUCCUUCUUCAUAGCGUUUCGUCGCAAACAAGUAUCGGCCCUGCUCAUAUAGAAGACAAACACUCUAGACCUCAGCUACUGAAAGACCUUCGCAAAUUAAUUUCGGCUUUAGAGACGCCAGAAUACCAUGUGCAGCGAGUUGUAUUUUUUCCAUCGACCUACGCCUGUGCCCGGAUAGCAAUCGAUCUCAAGCUGUUCAAUAUCAUAGCGGAUGCGUCAGGUGGCAUUUCGUCCUCAGAGCUUGCUACCAAGACUGGAGCGGAGGAACAACUUAUUGUCCGUGUACUUCGGGGCUUGACAUAUGCUGGUCUAGUCACAGAGGCAGGAGAUCGUGUUUAUGCAGCAAAUGCGAUCACCCAGCAUCUGAAGACGCCAUCCGUACAAGCAGGCAUGAUUCACUUCUAUGACGCUGGUCUCAGAAGUCUAAGCACCAUGCCAGAAUACUUCCGAAAGAAUGGCUUCAAACUGCCUUCAGAUUCAGUAUCCGGUCCGUUGCAAUAUGCGUUUCACACUCCUCUUGAGUCAUAUGCAUAUUGGAACACCAUGCCGGAGUUCGCAGACAAUUUCAAUACGUUCAUGGCCGGGAAACUAGGAGCGACAAAGACCGGCCAGUCAUGGGAGAAGAUGUAUCCCGUCAAGUCAAACAUUAUUGAUGCUUUCGAUCAGAAAAUCGGCGACACCAUGUUUGUCGACAUAGCAGGCGGUCGUGGACACGAAGUCGCCCAGCUUAAAAUUGAUUACCCCAAUGCGCCCGGAAGAUUCAUUCUCCAAGACUUACCAGCAGUUAUUGACGAUGUCAAGGACUUACAUUCUGGUAUUGAGCGUAUGAAGUUCAAUUUCUUUGAUCCUCAACCCAUUCGUGGCAGUCGAGCCUACUUCAUGGCAAACAUCAUGCACAAUUGGACAGACGCAGACUGUCGAAAGAUACUGCUCAAUACAGCCAAAGUGAUGGUCAAGGGAUAUUCGAAACUUCUGCUCAGCGAUCAUAUCCUUCCCAGCACUGGAUGUGGAUUAGAGUCACUGGGGAGAGAUAUUGGGAUGCUGUCACUGCAUGGAGGUGUGGAGCGGUCAGAAAGUCAGUGGACUGCACUUCUCGAAUCUGCGGGACUCAAGGUGGUUAAAUUUUGGUACAUGGAUAAGGGAGAAGGUUUGGUCGAAGCUGAAUUGCAAGACUAA